AUGCGUCUCACAUCAGUUGUUCCUCUGCUCUCUGCGCUGCAUCUUGUUCUCCCUUGCGUUUUCGCUCGUCUAGACCGCCCUUUGCGCCAACACCAUAAAUCUCGCGCUUUACUCGAUGUAUGCGCAUAUAUCGACGCCGAUACCCUCGCUCAGACCAACAUCAUCGGUAUUCCAGCAGAUAUCCUCGCCGAUCUUGACCUCUGCCUGUGCCUCUCUGCGCUUCCCCUUGCUCUCAAGACAAACGCAAACCUGAAGGUUCUCACGGAUUUGCUUGGCAACACUGUUGUCGAUGCCUUUUUGUCUGCAAUCGCGACACCCAGCUCACAGCACUGCACGUACCCUGCGCAUUCCACUCCUUUGUGUUCUAUGAACGAUCCCUGCGGCCAUAGCUGCAAUCCUCCGUACGUACCCCGCGGAGGUCAUUGUGAUUGUCCACCUCCAUAUUCCGAAUGCAACGGUCAAUGCGCUCAUUUUCCUAAGGUGGGUUGCUUAUGUUUUCUUGUUGAGGGUCUUGUUAAACCGUGGUCGCAGGGAUGCGGCUCUGCUAUCCCUCGCUCCAAGAGGCAACUUAAAGCAGUCAAUACGCAUGGGGUGAGAACGUUGGACGAUGCACAGCUGACAUGCACCUCCGAUGAAACCGUCUGCGGCGUCGAUCACGGCUCCGCCGGAUUUGAGUGUCUCGAUACCCAGGUCACGCUUCAGAGCUGUGGUGGAUGCGUGAUACCCCAUCCAUUUUCCCUUUCUUCUGAGCAAGAACCGGCAGGUAUUGAUUGCAGCGCUCUUUCGGAUGUUCUCGAUGUUCAAUGUCUCUCUGGGAGAUGCGUCGUCAAUCGCUGCCGAGACGGUUUCGAAAUCAGUCUCACCAGAGAUUCAUGCAUUCCA